CCCAAGAGAAGCAUGCGCUUAUAUAUCACGUCUUGGGCAUGUUGUUUGACGAAUGGGCAGUGAUGGAAUGAAUGAUUCCCGAAACUCGGGUGUUUUGCGAGCGCAAAAAUAGGAUACCCAUCACUUUGAAUUCUUUUUUCCACUCUCUCUCUCUCUCUCCAUCUCUCUCAGCCGCACCUGCAGGCAUGGUGCCCAUGAUACGAGUCGUUUGGGUUGAUCCAAACUGUGCAAAUAUUUCGCCAUUUUGCAUAUCUUGGUAUCAACGUAGUACUACAGUUACUGUACGUAGCAUAUGUCAUACAUACCUUACUCUACGUGCAGCAACAGCAGCGGCACUUACUUCUUCGGAAGAGGUCGUUUCGCAAAAAAAAACUGAGCCACGAUGA